AUGGCUAUUCAAAAGAUUAACGGAAGGCCUACAGAUCCAUCAUAUAUUUUAUGCUUCAUUGUUGAAAAAAAAAAAAAAUUGUAUAAGCUAAGAACUAAACAUGGAAUGAUUAAAGGAUGGUACGGAGAAGAUUGCUUGAAAAUAUGUGAGCGAUUUUUAACGAACGACGAGAUUUUGUUGAACAAAGAACUAACUGUUCGUGAGACUGUGACAGUCACAACAGGUGGACAAGGUUUUUCUUCUCGUUCAUGUAAAUCUAAAAGCCCAUAUCAAACAUCAAGGUGUGCAUGUUUUAAAAAAAAAAUUUUUGUAGUACUGUUUGCCAUAACUCUCAACUACGUCUAA